UCUGGGACUUGUAGUCUUCGGUGCGAUGGGCGCCGCCGCGUGGUGGAGGCCCGGGCGAGAGUGAGACUACAGUUCCCUCAGAGCUGCUCGGAGGUGUUAGUUGUCAAUAUGGCUGUUGUCAGACAGACAAAGCGGAGAGGCAAAUAAUUCGCCUCUGAUUAGAAAUCCUUGGAAGAGGGUCGGACGGGGCACCGUUCGUCAGACAGCUUGACGUCUCGGCUGCGGUGGAAGACGCAGCGGCUCUUCGCUCUAGUUGCAAAGUUAAAUGGUCGGACGAUUUGAACCGAGCAGCAGGAUGUCUGAGUUUAGCGAGGAGCCGCGCUUCACUAUUGAGCAGAUAGAUCUGCUGCAGCGGCUGCGGCGCUCCGGCAUGAGCAAGCAGGAGAUCCUGCAUGCGCUCGACACUCUGGACCGGCUGGACCGGGAGCAUGGCGACAAGUUUGGUCGCCGCACCUCUUCUUCCUCAUCUUCCUCAUCCUCCUACGGAGUAGGCGGGGCAAGCAGCUGCAACAACAAUUCUGCCUCGAAUACAACUACCACAUUCAACAAUAACAACACUGCCUCGGCAACAACCACCUCUCCCGUGACAUGCAACGGCAACAGCAGCGCCAUCAACAACGUCGAAAGAAGCGCUAGCAAUCACUCUGCGGCCGCCGCCUCUUCUACAACCUCCAAAAUCUCCACCGCCACACAGACGCAGUUCGGCAGCACCGGGGGACUCUCGCUGUCCCCUAGCAACAGUUACGACACCUCCCCGCCUCCAGGGCCGCCACCGCCCUCUGCAAUCCUGCCAUCACCAGUCAGCUUGGUGGCGCUGUCACAGAACGGGCGUGAUAGCUUAGCUGCUACACCCAACGGGAAGCUGUCUCCUCCACGGUAUCCAGUGAACAGCGCGGCCGCAGCGAGGGCUUUUGGGUUCGAAGCCACAGAGGAAGACCUGGACAUUGACGACAAGGUGGAGGAACUGAUGAGGAGGGACAGCAGUAUGGUGAAGGAGGAGAUCAAAGCGUUCCUGGGGAACAGGAGGAUCUCUCAGGCAGUCGUGGCACAAGUUACCGGCAUCAGCCAGAGCAGGAUCUCCCAUUGGCUGCUGCAGCAUGGCUCUGACCUAAGCGAGCAGAAGAAGAGGGCCUUCUACCGCUGGUACACGCUGGAGAAAACCACACCAGGUGCCACCCUCAACAUGCGGCCGGCUCCGUUAGCUCUGGAGGAGAUGGAGUGGAGGCAAACCCCGCCCCCCCUCACCACUGCCCCCGGCACCUUCCGGCUGCGUCGGGGAAGUCGCUUCACUUGGAGGAAAGAGUGCCUGGCUGUGAUGGAGAGCUACUUCAACGACAACCAGUACCCAGACGAGGCCAAACGGGAGGAGAUUGCAAACGCCUGCAACGCUGUGAUUCAGAAACCAGGGAAGAAGCUGUCCGAUCUGGAGCGGGUCACCUCGCUGAAAGUUUACAACUGGUUCGCCAACCGUCGCAAAGAGAUCAAGAGACGGGCCAACAUUGAAGCCACAAUCCUGGAGAGUCAUGGUAUAGACGUGCAGAGUCCUGGAGGACACUCCAACAGCGACGACAUCGAUGGGAAUGACUUCACAGAGCAGGCCUGUGACCUUCCCUAUUUCGACAAGAGACCUCUCAGCCGACCGUUUGGCCUUUACCGACUGGAGCCCACCUCACCAACACAGGAUGACAGCGCAGCACACAGCGAGCACCAGGACCCCAUCUCUCUCGCUGUAGAGAUGGCCGCCGUCAACCACACCAUCCUGGCCCUGUCCAGAACCGGAGGGGUCCCCAGCGACAUCAAGACGGAGUCCCUGGAGGACGAAUGAACUGAACGGGACCCGGGAUGGAGGGAGGAGUAGAAAAGUUUGGAAACGAGGGAGGGCUUAAAAAAACUGACUGAACUAAUUCUACUUAGUAAACCUCAUGAAUCGGUCACUCAGCCAGCCCCCCCUGCCAACUGCUGCCGGUCUCAGCCUCCCUCCUCCACUUCCCUCCUCCCACAUGCCAUGUAAACAGUAAUUACCCCCCCACCCUCCACAAUAUAUUGACACAGCUUGCAGAGAUUGGUCACUCUAUGUCCUCUGAUCUCUGUGAAAAUGUUCCAUGGAAAGGAGAAAAGGUGGCAUCCAGGCCUUUAACCCCCAAAACGCUGGCUCUCUUCUGGGAUUGUGUCUCCCAGGAACUUGCCCCUCUCCUCCCUCAAUAGACACACUCCUCACAGGAUACCUCUUCUCUUUCCUCUCUCUCUCUCUCCAGCCUGGUUGUCUGAGCCGAUCCUCUGUCUAUCUCACCUCAACGUCAACCUCAGUAAUAACAUGUACUGUAUAUAUAAUAUAUAUAUAUAUAUAUAUAUAUAUGGUUCUUAUGGUUCUCAGUCACACUCACCUCACGGUGUGGUACCUACCUACCUACCCCUCAAAAUGUCACCUUCUUCAUUGUGCAAUUCAUGGAAAGAGCAGCCUCCAGCCAUCGUCUUGGGAAAGAUGGAUGGAGAGUGUUUCCUUCUCUCGCUCUCUGGCACCAAGGCUGUCAGAAAGGCUCAUAUUGGCAGACAGAACUGUCCCGUCACUGUCCUCAUCCUCUGUAGUUAACAUUCCUCUGUGGAAUGGCUUUGUUUUCCUACUGUAGAGCUGCUCUUGGAUGAAGACCUAUAAAAAGACGUAGCCUUAAUUCCAUACAGACAACCUCACAUUAUCUUUUUGCCGUAUACAGCAGGUUUAUUUCCUGACAGGGAAGAAUAAUAAACAUUUUAGUGCACAUGUUAAUGUGAAGGUUUAUAUCCAACAGCAGCAGUGUUUUUACUUCUUUUAUUGCAUUGCCCUGUUGUUUUUAGCCCAACUGGUGACUGGAUAUACGGUCAUUUUGCCUUGGUAUUUAGCUUCCCAGUGAUACUGUUGUUGAAUACUUGAGGCUAUGAGAAUCAAUUUAGGGUCAAUGUGAUAAUCAAGCAAACUUAAGCUAAUCUAAUAAGGGGAACUGUGCUUUGUUUUAAAUGUCAUCCAUGCCAAAGGAAAAGAUGCUUGGAGCAAAAAGCUAAGAGGCAAAGCUAAGACUAAUCUAAAAAUGGUGUUCAUGUUGAUCCAAAGCGAUUUCUACUAACUCCUUUGGUGUACGUAGUAGUUUUCUCAUGUUCAGUGAAGCCUCAUGUGGGCUUCACCCUACAGCAGGCCUGUGUCAGUAAAGAUGGGUAUUAGCAGCCAGACAUAAUGAUAAAAUACCCCUAAGCUAUUUACUACUCGUUACUCGUUCUGUGACGCUGCCUCUUUAUAAUCGCCUAAAGAAAUGUGCUUUGAGAAGAUUUUUUAUUCCUAUCGGUGGUAUCGGAAUUAGACUAAAUUCACUCUGGAAAUGGUUCAUCAGAAGGACUUGUUAUGCAUUUUUAAAAAACUUUUUUUUAGUUUUUUUACAUCUCUAAAGCCUCAAUGGUUGAAGCAGCACUUUGAAGGGAAUCAGAAUCGAGAUACUAAAAGUGGUGAUUUAGAAGAUAAUUAUCGGCCAUGUAUUCUUUUUUAAAUUUUUUAUUUGCCCCGUGUGGAAAUUUUCCAAAACCAUCUUUGAGUGAAGGUCAUUGUAAAGUCAUGUGCAGAGAUGAAAUGUUCCUUUUAGAGUAUUAAGACCCGUGUUUGUCAAGUAUUAGCACUUUGUCAGUCUGAGACUGAUAUUUCAGAUUUUACCUUAGGGUGAGGAAGAUUUAAUAAUAGUUUGAAUCUUUUGGGAAAUUGUGAUUGUUAUCACUCAUGUCCGUGUGCUAAAUAUGAAACUAGAGCGGUAGCUGUUAGCUUAUCUUAGCUUAGCACAAAGACUGGGAAAUGGCUAGUCUGUUUCAUUCAAGGUAAACCUAUUAGCAUAUCUAAAGCUCACUUAUUAGCAUGCAGUAGUGAAAAAUGAAGGGUAAAAAUAAGACGUUGUUUUAUUGGUGGUUUGAUUUUAUUAUGGCCAUACACACUUCCUGUUCCUUAUUUCAGACUUUUAAACAAAGAGGUGCUAGCAAAUAAAAAGUUUUGGACAGAAGCAGGAAGAAAAAUGUUUUCUCUUGCUUCCAGUCUUUAUGCUAACCUUAGCUUUAGCGUCACGUUUAGUUUCACCCGCCAAAAAAACAUCAAAAGUUAAUUUUUUUUACAGUUCAUGUGUUUGUAUGGAUUAAACAUACCAGAAAUAAGUGUUAAGUAAUGAGCUGUAAGUAGAUGGACUUAUUUUUACCUUUUAGCCAAGCCUACCGUCCCCCUCUGCUUCCAAUCUUUACUAAGCUAACACACUCAUAGCUUUAGUUUCAUAUUUAGCGUAGCGACAUGAGAGCGUUGUUGAUUUGGCAACAAAAAAAAUAAAGCAGAGAAGCACAUUUCCCUGAAUGUCGAGCUAUUUCUUUAAAGGAGCCGCUGCCUUAGUGAUGGUUUUGGAUAAGUGGGAAAAUAUUCUACAAAGCAGGAUUUAAACAAAGCGGUCAACCAGGAAGUGUGAGACAGAAAGCGGCCUAUCAAAUAAUCUCGUGUGAGGAUCCUGCGAGUACAAUAUCUUCCAGCUCUGCUCUAUAGUCUAGUGAACUAUUUAAUUCUACUUCUUCCAGAUAUAUGAAGCUGCGAUACAGUGACUGGGACCUUUGUUUCAAAAUGAAAGGGUUGAAAGAUUAAAAACAAUAUGUAUUUAUACUCAGUUUUUAUGGUAAUGUACAAAAAAAAGAAUGACAUAUGUUUUUGAAAUGAAACGUGCUUUUAUUGUUUUUUCUUGCUUUUUAAUUUCUCCUGACUUAUUGUUCUAUCAUCAUUUUAAACCGUUUCUUUUUCUUUUGGGUCACCCUUUGUUUGGCUGAACAACAGUCGGGGGGGACUGUUGUCGGGGGGCCCCCCGUUUGUGUCCGAGCUAGUAAGCUAUUUUGUGAAAGAUUUAAAGAAAAAACGAUGCACCUUAUGAAAAAUUGAGACUAAGCUUGACAUUUAACCUUCCUUCCCGCAAGCCUCACUUUGAAAAGACAAAACGUCCACUAUACGAUAAAGGGGCUGGUGUCAAUAAACAGUUCAGCACAGUUGCUUCUGACAUCAUGUGAAAUAAAAGCCCCAGAAUGUGGAUUUUUUUUAAAAUGUCACACCAAACUUCAUAGAGAAACGUAGCAUUUUAACAUUGACUUUAUAUAUUUAAAAUCAUAUGAUGUGCCACAAAUAUAUUGUUAUAUUUCUGAUGACAACUACAAUUCUAUCUUCUAUCACUAGAUAGUGAUGCCAUGUAUGAAAAUACAAGGUUCCAUUGCCCUAAUAUUGAAGUUAAUGGAAACAGAAAAAUUGUGUUUUGGACUAAUAGUUUUUGCCACCGACACCAAAAACUAAAUCUUAAACAUGAGUUGAUCUAUUCCUUUUAUUAACUGAUUCACACUCCUCACUUGCCAAGCACUGGGUGUGUUUUCUACUUGAAGGAUUUGGUGUGACAAUAAUAAAGAAUAUUGUGUGUUUAGAAAUAGUGAAAUAAAUCUUGUGUGGAAGGAAAACAAAUCAGAAGAGUGCAUUUAGAGAUUAUUCUCCCGGUAUCAAAAGCUUCUAUUAAUUGCCUUCAUGUUUGAGAGAUGCCAUUACGGCCCAUUUAGCAAGUACAAGUUCUAAUCCAGCAGUAUUUUACGAGAGUGUUCGAGCUUGACAGAAAUGUUCAUGGGAUGGAAGAAAGAACCCUAAGGUGCUCAGGAAGUGAAGAUUCUGUGCUUUUCCAGGAGAAAACAGGGAAAAAGAAACAGACUGAAACCUUAAAACGGGCUCUUCUCCAUCAGCGGUGCUUACUCUGAAGGGGCGUCCUCUUGUGGUGUGUCAGGGUCAACACGUCUCCAUGUCCGUCUGUGUCCCCGGUGAAACACCAUCCACUUCAUCCCGAUAUAGCUCUGAGAAAGACUGAAUGCUGUUGUAUCAAUCUUCAAUCUAGUUAUGUUCAAAGUUACUGUAUUGCCCAUUUCAGAAUUUAGUGCCUUUUUUGGACAGUAGACUGUUCUGUAAUUAAGAUGUAGUAUAUAAACAUUUUUUUGUACAGUUUCUUUGUUCAUUUUUUUAACUUGUGUUUAUUUUAGUAUGAUAUAUAUAUAAUGUACAAGAGAAUAAAGCUAUAUCAACGAGA